AUGUCAAGAACACAUAUGGGGAUUCAUAAAUUUGAGGAGCCACAAAUAAAACCGUUAGAUUUGUCAAUGACAAGAAUGAUUGAGAGACGGAUUGAACCAUCAGAUCUAUCAGCGCCAGAGGUAAGUGGGAGACAAGUAAAACUCAGCAAAAUUGAUCAGAAUGACGCGAACUCGUUGAGCCUAUCAAUUCAAGAAGUGAGUAAGGAACAAACAAGUACAGGAAUUGAACCUAAGGCAUUGUCCCUUCAAAAGGAAACCUCAAGGCUAGAAGAACAUACGACUAACACACCUAAGAAGUCGCUCAAAUGCAAAAUAUGCGGGAAGGGUUUGGCUCAGUCAUCGAAUAUGAAGAAUCAUGUGAGAACUCACACACGUGAUAAGCCGUAUAAAUGCGAAAUAUGCGAGAAGCAUUUCAGAGCAUCAUCGAAUUUGUGUGAACAUAAGAAGAUUCAUACCGGUGAGAAGCCGUACAAAUGCGAAAUAUGCGGGAAGGGUUUUCCACACUUAUCAAAUAUGAAAAAACAUGUGAGAAUUCAUGCAGGUAAUAAGCCGUACAAAUGCGGAAUAUGCGGGAAGGGUUUUGCUCAGUCAUCGAAUAUGCGUACACAUGUAAAGAAGAUACACAAGGAGAGAAACGGAACAGUUGUUCUGCGUGCAAGAAAAAUUUCUCUCAAUCACAAAAUAUGA